UUGAUUCAUCCAAGUGCUAUCCUAUAUAGUGGGUCUCCCUCUCUCGUUCUCUUUUCUCUCACAUUCUCAUUUGUAACUUCCUUCUCACAUGUCUUUGAGAACACACACACAUAAACAUAAACAUAAGGAGGUCAGAUCCCAAAGGUUGUUAAUCUGUCCAUCAAUCAAUCCAAAUACAUUGUUCAGUCAAUCUUAUCAAUCAAUCAAAUCAAUCUGUGAGAGAGAAUCCAUCAAGAGAGAGAAAAUAGAGAGUAGAAAGUGAGGAAAAUUAUGUCAUCUUCAGCUGCUUUUUCACCGGACCACCACCAUCACCACCACCUCUCUCUCCCCUCCGAGCAGCUGUGUUAUGUCCAAUGCAACUUUUGUGAAACUAUCCUUGCGGUGAGUGUUCCUUGCAGCAGUUUGUACACAACUGUUACCGUCCGAUGUGGGCACUGCACUAAUCUCUUGUCGGUCAACAUGCGACUCUUCCCAGCUUCGGCCGCCGCCAACACUGCUGCUACUCAAUUCCAUCUGGGCCAUAAUUUCUUCUCUCCUCAAAACAUUAUGGAGGAGAUGAGAAACACCCCAUCUAACUUGUUCAUGAAUCUACCAAAUCCAAACGACCCCUUUGCACCUGUUAGAGUUGAUGAGCUUCCUAAACCUCCUGUGGCGAACAGACCUCCAGAAAAGCGCCAAAGAGUGCCUUCUGCUUACAACAGAUUCAUAAAGGAAGAGAUCCAACGUAUCAAAGCAGGAAACCCUGAUAUCAGUCACAGAGAGGCCUUCAGUGCAGCUGCAAAAAAUUGGGCCCAUUUUCCUCACAUCCACUUCGGACUCAUGCCUGAUCAACCCGUGAAGAAACCCAAUGUGUGCCAACAGGAGGGAGAGGACCUGCUCAUGAAAGAUGGAUUUCUGACUGCAGCCAAUGUGGGUGUUUCACCUUAUUAAAAAAUUGAAGGGCUAAGUUAUAAAUAGCUAAUUAGGGUUUUUAUAUUUGGUGUGUACUUUUGCUUGAAUGUCUAAUAAAGACCGAAUUAUUAGGGGUUCUUGUUUUAUCCUAUCAUCUUAAAAUGAAAGUCUCUUGCUUUAUCAUAUCAAAAGGGAGAUCUCAUGUUUAAUGUCUAGUAAUUAGUCACUCUUGAAGGCCCUUUCAUGCUGA